UGCUCAAUGAUACUACGGUUUGUGGUGAUGAGUCGAAGAUGAGCGAAAGCCGCACGAAAGUCGUCAGUUUCAUUCCGAACGCUGUUCAAGAUGGUUAAACUGUGGGCAAUUGUUGUAAUGGUAGCCAUUGCGCUACCCCGAAGCACUUUCGCUAAGCAGCUGAGCUGCACGAUGGAGCUGGACCGGAGCUGCAGCCUGAUCGGUGCCAAAGUGUCCUCGGACGAGAUUCUAACCACCACCUUUGCCAGCUCAAAUCCCUCUACCCUAUCCACCGUCCAGUUUGCACGCUCCUCGCUCACCGGCAUCCCACCGGCCAUGUUCCAGACCUUCCCGAAGCUGGAAUCGCUGAACGCAACGGGCAGCGACAUCAAGCAGAUUCAGUCACGCAACUUUGCCGACGCAAAAACACUUCAAUCACUGUACCUGCGCGGUAACAAAAUUCACGAUCUGCCCGAUGUGGCCUUCUUCGGUGCCAGCCGGCUGCAAACGCUUGACCUUUCGGAUAAUGCGAUCGCCACGAUCGAAAGCACCGCGUUCAAGCGGCUGCGUGAGCUGAAAACGCUGCUGCUGGGAAGCAACAGCCUAACCGAGCUGCAACCCGGCGUGUUUGACGAUUUGUCCGAUCUGGAGCGGCUAGAGCUGCAGCAGAACGGGCUGGGCUCGAUUGACGAUCGGUUGUUCCAGGGAUGUCAUUCACUCACGACACUAAACGUCUCGCACAACGCGCUGAAGACGUUCAACGUGGCACAGUUUGAGCGGCGCUGGAGCUUUGAUUUGAUUGACGCGAGCUACAACAAGCUGAGCGUGGUCAGAAUUCCACCGAACCUACGUCAGUUGGUAGCAAUUGGGAACGGAAUCCGCACAGUGGAAAGUACCGCCACCAAUGGGUCGGAGCUGAUCCUGCUCAAGCUGCCUCACAACAAGCUGACGAGCGUGGACGAGGUGCCCGUGUUUGAGAAACUGAUCACGCUCGAUCUGUCGUUCAAUCGGAUUCGCGAGUUCGAUUUCCGGUCGGCCGCCCGGUUCGGUAAGCUGGUGCUGCUCAAGCUGGACGGCAAUCAGCUGGAAUCGGUAAGCAACAGUUUGACCGCGCCGAUCACACACCUGAAGUACGUGCAUCUGGCCGACAAUCAGUUCACGCAUCUCGAUCUGAACGUGCUGCGGACGGUGCCGCGCAUUUUGAAGCUGGAUCUGCGCCGCAACCAGCUGGAACGGUUGGCGGUGACGGAUUUGGCCGACUCGUUCCCGGUGAUGGUGCGCAUCAUGCUCGAGGGCAAUCGGUUCCGGUGCGCGGACAGCCGGCCGUUGCUGAAGGAGCUGAAGGAAUCGAUCACGGCGUACGCGAUGACGCGCAACGACUGCCGGAAGGAGGAGAAUCUGAUCGAUGGCAUUUGCUGCUCGUAGGGAGCAUUAGUGGGAAUGAAGUUUGAUCGGAUUGGUUUAUGUUAGUGAUUUGCAGUUGGUGUUUGAUUUCAAGCAUGUUUUGAGUAUACGUUUCAGAAAACCAUUGAAUUUGAAUUUGGAUAGUUUUUGAAAUGCCCAAUACAGUUGCUGCUACUAAAUUUUGUCUCUAAGUCCCAAAUGAUUGAGGGCUUACCUCAAGUUUUCUCUCUAAAAUAUCAAUGUUUGAUUGUUAGGAAACCUAUUCAGUAAAGUUAAGAAUUACUUUCAUAGUUUCGUAAAAUAUGCAGUCCAACAUUCUCCAACUAAUGUCAACCGCUUCAUGAAUAGUAAUUAAAUAAAUUAGAUUCCUAUGAUAAAAUUGAAAUCUUCAAAAAAGUCUUCUAGGUUGGCAGGCAGUUUUAGAUUUUAGAAUGUAAUAGUGAUUCGAUCAGAUUCAAACACAUAUGUAAGAUGUCGUUUCGACUGUACUGUGCAUUCUUUAAGAGGAAACAAUGUUGAUUUACAGACACUGCACAAUAGCAAAGGAUGAUACUAUGAAGGCAGACAUUGAUGCGUACUGACAACAUUUAAUAGCUAAAGGGGAAAAUUUAGUGGACAUUUUGCUUAGAAAAUAGAAAAUUGCUAAAACUGCUUGAAUAAAAUGUCGAAACUGCUUUAAACAUAA